AUGGUGAAGAUUGAUAAUGAAUUCACGAAACAUUGCAUCGAUGAUAAUUGUACAUGUGAUUGUAGAAUAAAUCUCAAGGGAUGUCCUAACGAAACAUUUAAUUUUAUCGCACUUACAGUUUUAAUCCCAUUUACAUUUAUUAUUGUAAUAAUAUCAUUAUUAUUCCUUUAUUAUCGAGUUAAAGUAAAAGGUCAAUCGGUUUUUUUUCCUGCAACAAGAGAAAGAGGAUUGAUUCGUCCACGUCCUCAAGACUCUUUUCAUAUCGCUGUAGGAGUAUUUAAUUUUAGUCAAAUGAUAGUAUUAAUGUUAUUAAUUACAGAUUCUUUUCCAAACGUUACAUUUGCAGAAAUAGUUAUUCAUAUUCCAAAAUUACUUGGAUUUUCAUGUGCGGUUCUUUAUCCUAUAAGUAUAAUAUAUUCUACUCCAAUACUUAAACAAACAACUUACUCUUUAAGAAUUCAAUGGAAUCCAAAUAAAUAUUUCAUCGAUGGACUUGCAAUUUAUUUAAUGAUAGGUCCUUUAUUAACAAUAAUUCCACUCACUGCGUUAACCGGUCAUUUUGCAGAUUUGAAAGAUAACAAAAACGCCGAAUAUAUAUUUAUGAUUCAAGCUCUAACGUGGAGUUGUUGGACUAUUCAAUAUUUUGUAACUUUAUUAUACGUUUACUAUAAAUUAUUUUUUAUGUUGAAAGAUUAUAUUGAUAUAUUACAAAGAAGACGAGAUGAAAAUUUUGAUGCUGAGUUGAAAAUAAAAAAUUUAAAGAAUGCUUCUCAUAAUCUUUCUUGGAUUGUUGCUGCCGUAUUUUUAAUGUUUUUUAUAAAUGGUUUGGAGGGAAUUCUUGUUGGUUUUAAAUAUAAUGAAAAUCCAGUUGAAGCGAACAAAAAUAUUUGUCAAUUUUAUUAUUUUAUUUCUUGGAAUUUUACUAUACCAGUUCUUACUUUUAUUGGCCAAUUGAUAUUUCUUUAUGAUACAUUAAAGAACAGAAAAUCUACUCAAAAUCAACAUAGUAAUACUUAUGAUCGCGUAAAUAAUAUUCCAUCCCGUUUAGAACAAAAUUCUCGUUUAAUUCAAAAAAGUAGAGAAUUAUCAGAUGAUUUUUAUUCAUCUCAAUCUAUUCAAAAAAGUAAAUCUAAUAAAUCAUUAUUUACAAUUAAUAGUAAUAGUACAAAAAAGUAUAGUGUUAAUAAUUCUUCAGUAGAUGUUAAAAAAUCACUUUUUUCAACAAUGGCAACUAGUAUAACAAGUUUAAUUCAUUGGGAUGAUUUUGCUGAAAAGUCAAGAAAUAAUACUAAAGAUUUAGAUAAUUGGAAAUUUUUUGAUUCUGAUGUUAAUUAUUAUUUUGAAAAUUCUGAUAAUAAUGGUGAUAAGGGUAAAGAUAAAAUUAUAAAAAGCGGUCAUAAUACUAUUGUUAUUCCUAGUAUAAGAAAAUCUUGGUUAAUUAAAAAACCAGUAAGAAGUGCUACUUCUACAAUGAAAAAUACAGUCAAUAGAAAUUUAUUUUUGCAGGAUAAUUAUUAA